AUGAGCCAACAGUUGGUGGCUGCGCCAGGCUUUUGGGCCCUCAUGAUCGUCGUGGCUGGAUGCCUUGCUGGCGCCGGCUAUCUUUUUUGGAGGAGGUCAGCCUCCAAGGGCGAGGAUAUUGAGGAUACCCCCCUCAAAGACAUCAUUGUUAGCGAGCAGCCAGAGGAGACCGGCGAGGAGAUCCAUGCAGGGGAUGAUGUCGAAGCCCGUACACCUCCUGUGAGGGAGAUGGGGAGGAUUGGGUGGAGGUGGGUGGACGGGGUUGGCGGAACGAGUGCAUACCGCGUUUUCCAGCCAAGCCAAAAACUGCAGUUCGCAAGCAAAAAGCAAAAAGCAACGGAGUAUCAAUAA